AAAAAAAAAAUGAUGAGGGUUUUUUUUUUUUUUUUUCCUCCUUUUCAGCUCAUUUCAUUUAAUAUCAGUUCUAAGAUCCCGUCCGUCCCUCAAGAACUAAUUAGCUAAUUGGUCAUCGUUGACCUCAUUUUUUCCGAGCUUUAGGUGUUUCUGAAACCAUAUUUGCUACGCUUGAUCAGGAUGCGUUCUUCUUUUACAGUCUCUUGAUCAUAAUUGUAAAACCAUCGUUAGCAUUGUAGUUUUGCAGGUUUUGAACAUGUUAGUAUCCUUUAAGGAUGUAUUUAUAAAUGAUUCUAGCUCUAUGUCCUGAUCAUACAUUUUGAGGUAUGAACUCCAGAAUUGUUAUUAUGUUGGUUCUAUUUUUCAACUUGUUCAUUUGAGAUGGAUUAAAUUACCAGAUACUAACGAACUUUGAGAAGUCUUUCAGCUUAAGAAUUAUAGUCCACUGAGGCCACGAAUCAGUGCUUGUUCAGGCAUGCAAUUGCUAAAAAUCUAAUUUCUAUAAUCUGGGUGCUUGGUUUACCUGUUAAACUAUGAUUAUGGAUAACGGUGCCAUUUCUCUUACAAUUGGAACUAAAUACUCUCUAAAGUUUUGAAAUGAGCCGCUCUUGAUGUACUGAGACAGGAUAAGAUACUUUUUGUUCUUUCAUAGAUAGAUAAUUGAUGCUUGCUUUCUUCUAAAGUUUUGCAAUCUAAAUUUUGCGAUGAAAAAAUGCUGUGCUGCUUAAUCUUGGAUGUCUAUGCAUCUCUGCAAUGACCUUGUACCUUUGAUCAUUGGGCGUGCAUCAUAGUGAUGCUAGUUACUUCUUGAGGAUGUCAAUUUCCCCCCUGAAAGUGUUAUAAUUUUAUUGGUACUUAAAAUUUCUUGGACAUACCCUUCUUGGUAUUGAAUUCCAUCUUACAUACUUUCUGGGACAAAUGACAAUUGGGAACCCCAUGUUUAUUUUAAUUUUUUUAUGAUAUUAAAUACGAUUCCUCGUCGGAGUGUUAAAUACAACUUUAUCACUUUAACCCAUCUGUGGCAUUUAGGAUUGCUAUUUCUGUUUAUUUCAGCCUUUAAAGCAGAGUGGAAGUUAUAUCUGAGCAGCUGCCAGGACGUUAUUAUAUGCUAAGGAAUCUCUUGUGGGCAACUUCUAAGCAUGACGUAUACCUUAUGCAAAACUACUCAGUAAUGCACUGGUCCUCGUCGCUUCGGAGAGGCAAAGAAGUACUCAAUGUAGCUAAACAAAUCGUUCCCACUGUGAAACGCCCUGGAGUCUCGUCACAGUCAUUGUCCAGAGUGCAGAUAAGUACUAUGACAGUAAAGGAGAACUUAAUCGUGGCGGGUGGUUUUCAAGGGGAACUAAUUUGCAAGUACGUGAAUAAUCCUGGAGUUGCAUUUUGCACCAAAAUGACAACAGAAGAAAAUGCAAUUACAAAUGCUGUUGAUGUAUUUCUAACUCCAGAUGGUGCAACAAGGGUUGUUGCUGCAAAUAAUGAUGCAAAAAUUAGGAUUUACGAUGCUAAGACAUUUACUUGCCUCAACGGCUUCACGUUUGGCUGGUCUGUAAAUAGCACCGCUGUUAGUCCUAAUGGGAAGAUGCUUGCAGUGCUUGGGGACAGUACAGAGUCUCUGCUUGCAGAUGCCAACUCUGGCAAAGUGAUAGAGAGCCUGAAGGGGCACUUGGAUUACUCUUUUGCUUCUGCAUGGCAUCCUGAUGGACACAUUUUGGCGACUGGGAACCAAGAUACCACCUGCAGGCUGUGGGAUAUAAGGAAUACGUCCAAGUCUCUAGCUGUGCUCAAGGGAAGAAUGGGAUCAAUCAGAUGUGUAAAAUUCAGCUCCGAUGGCAAAUUCCUGUCGACUGCAGAGCCUGCAGAUUUCGUCCAUAUCUAUGAAAGUCGCACAGGUUAUGAACAAGUACAAGAAAUUGAUCUGUUUGGGGAAAUUGCUGGAAUAUCCUUCAGUCCCGACACGGAAGCUCUGUUUGUUGGCGUUGCUGAUCGAAUAUACGGUAGCUUAUUAGAGUUCAACAAACGACAUCAUAAUAAGUACAUAGAUUCCAUGUUCUAGUUAGAAGAAAUAUGUAUUCAAGUUGUUGCCGUUGUUUGAAGUGUUCAAUUGAGAGUAAAGGGCAGCAUAAGCAUUGGCAUUGUCUGGAAAAGGCUUCACCAAUGUCCUGAAACUAGAAAGAGGUCUGCCUGAAGGUUUCCCUUUUAGUUAUACUUUGGGCGUGCUGUUGAAGCUCAUCGCAUUUAGACCUCCGUUUCUUUUGUUGCUGCCUUUAUUCUCUUGGGUUGUAAUGAAUAUGGUCAGUCCAUUUUCAACAGAUUGAUUCAAUUCAUGUAGUUACUCAAAUCUUCUUGUA